CAGAGAGAGAACACCCACACGGGCCGCUUCGUCUUUCCAUAUCAAGCCCUCCGUCACUCGGCGCCUCUUUAAAGGCAUUUCACCGCUCCAACGGCCGGCUAGCUGCUGGGCGGAACUGUAUUUAUUAACAUAGUUUUAGCCAAAAUAAACAAUUGUAAUUCUUUUAGAGUUGAUUCAGGAGGAAAAAUACAGCAAGAGACAGGGGAGAGACAUGGCCACGACAACCUGUACGCGAUUCACAGACGAAUAUCAGCUAUACGAGGAGCUGGGGAAGGGAGCAUUUUCAGUGGUCCGCAGAUGUGUUAAGCUGAGCACAGGACAGGAGUAUGCUGCAAAAAUAAUCAACACCAAAAAGUUAUCCGCAAGAGAUCAUCAGAAGCUGGAACGAGAGGCCCGGAUUUGUCGCCUGUUGAAACACCCAAACAUUGUUCGUCUUCAUGACAGUAUAUCAGAGGAGGGCUUCCACUACCUCCUGUUUGACUUGGUUACCGGAGGUGAACUGUUUGAGGACAUCGUAGCAAGAGAGUAUUACAGUGAGGCCGACGCCAGUCAUUGCAUCCAGCAGAUCCUGGAGGCGGUGCUUCACUGCCAUCAAAUGGGCGUGGUGCACCGGGACCUGAAGCCAGAAAACCUGCUCCUUGCAAGCAAGUGUAAGAAUGCGGCUGUGAAGCUAGCUGACUUUGGCCUGGCCAUUGAAGUGCAGGGGGAUCAGCAGGCCUGGUUUGGAUUUGCUGGCACACCAGGUUACCUGUCACCUGAGGUGCUGAGGAAGGAGGCAUAUGGCAAACCUGUGGACAUUUGGGCCUGCGGGGUGAUCCUCUAUAUCCUGCUGGUGGGUUACCCUCCUUUCUGGGAUGAGGACCAGCACAAGCUGUACCAACAGAUCAAGGCUGGGGCUUAUGAUUUCCCAUCCCCAGAGUGGGACACAGUCACCCCAGAGGCCAAAAACCUGAUCAACCAGAUGCUGACAAUCAACCCAGCCAAGAGGAUCACUGCUCAGGAGGCCCUGAAACAUCCAUGGGUCUGCCAACGAUCCACAGUGGCAUCUAUGAUGCACAGACAGGAGACCGUGGAGUGCCUGAAGAAAUUCAAUGCCAGGAGGAAACUCAAGGGGGCCAUUCUUACGACCAUGCUGGUUUCUCGAAAUUUCUCGGUUGGCAGCAGGCAGACCACCGCUCCAGCCUCUGUGACUGCGGCCGCGGCAGCAGUGGCUGCAGCCGCCGGCACCACCGCAGGGCUGGUGGAACAAGCCAAGACCCUGCUCAACAAAAAGGCAGAUGUUAAGAAACGCAAGUCCAGCUCUACUGUCCAGUACAUGCCCCAGACAAACAGCACCAAAAACAGCAUAGUCACCAGCCCCAAAGGAAACAUCCCUUCACCUGCGCUGGAGCCUCAGACAACUGUCAUCCAUAAUCCAGUGGACGGGACAAAGGAAUCAUCAGACAGCAGCAACACCACUGUGGAGGAUGAAGAUGUGAAAGGGAAGAGCUUAGACAACAGCUCGCUUAAGGCGCAGUCCAGCACGAGUUCCCAGCCUGAUAGCUCUCAGGGCUCCGCAGCUGCUGUCCACUCUGCUGCAAAGUUUGCUGACCUGCUGGGCUCAGUUCGUAGGAGUUCAGGGCCUGUUUCUGACGGAGAAGGGAGAUCCAGCACUCCACCUCCCGCAGCCCUCUCUGCCCCCUCCCCUCCACACACCCCCGUUGUCCCCAUGCAGAUGUCUCGGCUCACAGACCUGGUAAGCAGUGUUCGAAGGGUGCAGCCAGCCCCAGCGCCAGAGGGCGAUGCCUUUCCGGCACCAGUACCCAUCACCAAGCCCACCCCUCCACCUGCACACACCACCACACCUCCCCCUCACUCCCUCUCCAGCCCCUCCUUGUCUUCCUCACAGACACGCAAACAGGAAAUCAUCAAGAUCACUGAACAGCUGAUAGAAGCCAUAAACAAUGGAGACUUCGAUGCAUAUGCUAAGAUCUGCGACCCUGGACUCACUUCAUUCGAGCCGGAGGCGCUGGGCAACCUGGUAGAAGGAAUGGAUUUCCACAGAUUCUACUUUGAGAACCUUUUGGCUAAGAACAACAAGCCCAUCCACACCACCAUCCUGAACCCCCACGUCCACCUGAUCGGCGAGGACGCAGCAUGCAUUGCUUACAUCCGCCUGACUCAGUUUGUUGAUGGCCAGGGUCGGCCGCGGUCCAGCCAGUCAGAGGAAACCCGCGUCUGGCAUCGCAGAGACAGCAAGUGGCAGAACAUCCACUUCCACUGCUCAGGCGCGCCAGCUGCACCUCUUCAGUGAGGAUUGAAUGAUGUGGUGAUCUGUCAGGAUUUCUCUGCCAGAGAGAAAAGAGGAAGAGGAUUCAGAGGAGGAAGGGAUGAAAGAACCUGUCCAGUGUCUGCUUGGGGAGACAGGGGUGAUCACCCCUUUAUCAAAAAACAAAAAAAGAAAAAGAAAAAAAACCUUUCACUGGACUUCCAGCCUCAUCCACCCCCAGCAUGCAUCUCCUCUUUUACUACUCUUGUCCCCCCAGUCUAUCACCUGCCAUUUACCUCUUGUCAUCCAUCCAACAAGAGCUGCACAACAUCCCUCACCCCCCGGGGCUUCUUCCUCUUCCCUCUGGCACACUGGGUGUUUGAUGGGGGGCUGGGUGUGUUUCUAGGACUGGGUGUGAGUCCUCCGUCCUGUGGUAUCUUUUCCACCCCCACAAUCUUUGUGACAUCAACCCUCUUGUCCCCCUGUGAAUCUACACUUGUGUGACAUAAACACUGCACUGGAAAUACAGUAUGUAAAGUUUUAAGUAAAACCUAUUAUUAACAUUACUAUAUUAUGAUUAUUAUUAUGAUUAUUAUUAUUACACAUUUGCAAUUGUAUAUGUAAUUUGUAUAAUUCAGAAUUCUUGAUGCCAGUGGUUUUUAGAGUUGAAGGAAAUCUUUUUGUUUUUUCUUUAUCUUUUCAAGGAAGCAUGUUUUUCCCCAUAUUAACAGUGGCUGUUUUUUAUUGUGGCUAUUAAGUGGAAAAGGAUUUUGGCAGUUUUUGUAACUCGCUUCUUGUAUGUUAGCUAUAUUACUGCUCCCAAACUCAUGAUCAAAAUGUUUUUUGUUUGUUUGUUUCAGUGUUUUAAUUUUUAUUUUUUGUCCUUUUUUUUUCUUUUUUUUUUUUGGAAGGGGUGUCCACUGAAUGUAAAGUAUAAAAUCAUAUGUGUGUGAGUGUAAGCCAGACAUGCAGCAUUCACACAUCCAGUCAUAAUAAGUCGGUGCAGUGGGGGGAACCUGCUGUUGUUGCCUUGUUGCAGUGGGAACAGCAGGAGAAGAGCGUUUGCUGAACUCGGUGGCAACAAAUCAAAGUGAGAAGUGCACAGCAGGAGUGUGGUGGUUUAACUUUUCCAUCAUGUAUAACGCUGCUUGCACUUGAUUUAAAUUUUACAUCCUCAGGCCGCAUGAGAAGAGCAUGUUGCUUUGAAAAGCGAUGCUCUUUUUGUUGUGUUGCGCGCUGGCCUCCAUUUAAAACUUUUUGCUCAUUAUAACAAAAUAUCAUUUAAAGAGUAUUAAUACUACAAGAUCUUUAAAUAUGGGUAAAUAGACUUGUUUUAUCAAAUAAAAAUAAAUUUGCCAUGUUGAAAUCUUCUGCUCCAAAAGGGAGCUGUCACAGAUAAGUCCUUUAUCGAUACAGUGUAGAAAGUUUUGAAUGAUCUAUUGACUGAAGUACAAUACUGAACUAACUAUAUUUUUAUUGCUGUUAAAUUACAUAAAAAUAAGUAUUGUUGUGCUUUAAUAACCUACAGCAUAUAAUGUGCAGUUGCAAGUUUGCAAAAAGGGUUUAGGUUGCUUGAGGUUGUGUUGGCAUGUUUUCUAAAAUAGUAGAGGCACAUGCAAAGAAAGGAAAUGACUUUCCCAAUGUCAUCAUGUAGCGAACACAUGGGAAAUCUGCAAAUUGUUCUCCUAAAGAAUGAAGAUGGAAGAAAAUUCCCAUUGUACCCAAAUGAAAAUAAUUCCUCUUUCCAUUUUUCUCAUCUAAACCUGAAGCUAAUAAUUUUGGCAUCUGCAUUGCUAAGUUUUUCUCAUUUCUCUUAAAUGUGGCAAAUCUUUAACCAAAGAUGUCAAAUCAACUUUACCAGAACAGGAGACAUUUAGAAUGAGUUGUUUAACGUAAAAUGAAUACUUUUUACAAAUUUAUUGGGUAACUAUAUGCACUAAUUGCCAUGCAAUGAUUAGGAAUUUCUGAAUUUUUUAAAAACAUGUAAAAUGGAGUGGAAUUUUUUGAUUUACCAACUUUCAGUAUCAUGAUGUGGCUGGAAGUGUCUCAGUGUUUGAAAGCAGCGCAUGCUUCUUCCUUUACAUUUAAAGUGGAAGUGAGUCGUCAGCUUCGGCUCUGACGGGAGCUUGUUUUAUUUUCUGUGCUAAAACGGUGCUCGGUGGAGACGGGGAUGCACCAUUGGUGGUUCCUGCUGUUGCUAGGAGACAGAUGAAUACUCGCUUGAAGCUCAGCGCUCUUUUCUGAAAAGUUAAGAUAUUUUUAACCCGGAACAAUCGCAGCGCUGACUGGAACACAACAGCAGGUCUUUUCUUCUUCUUUUAAAUUCAACAUAACAGAAGAAGUCGGCACUCUAAAGGGAGGAUCCUUGUGGAUGAGUGACCUUUCUGACUUCUGGUGCCACAGUGCAGAAAGCUGGUGCUACCACUGUUUUGUCCAAAUGAAGCACAUACAAAUAACUAACACUUGGAGUGCGUUUGCUUGGUGGUUCAUUAUUUCAGGACAGCUUUUAGCCACAGUGUGCAAUAUAUUUGUGUGUGUCUGCAAGCAUGUACAUUUAAUGCUGUCCAGUGUGUAUUUUUUUAAGCCUGGGAGAGGAUUUGGAGGUGUUUGUUGUGUGUGAGAUGGAAAAAGAGGGCUUUAUUUUAGAGGACAAAUCAGUCCCCUGCCUUCAACCCAGGACUUUUCUUUUUCUUUUCUUAUAAUUUCAUAUUUUUUCUUGCAUUUUGUUUUUAAUGUUUAUAUUUUAGUUUGUGUUACAUUGAAGUGUUAUUAGCCUUUCAUGACAUUAAGUGCUUGUGCCAGGGGUGGCAGGGCUGAACAGAUGGACUUUGCAGCACUGAAAACUGAUUUUUGUGGGGGGUUUGAGCUCCACUGUUACUUUGCUCAUCCACUAUUGGCUGCCUUCGCAUUUGUCUCGCCGCUUGGUCCGACCAAGACAUUAGGAGACCCGGCAGUCGGUUCGGUGACACAGUCCUCAGGUUUCUAUUUAUUUUCAAUAUUUAUUUAUUUAUUGUAGUGCUGUUUUUAUUGUGCUUUAUUAUUUUUCCUUCUUUUGAAUUUGUUUUCCUAAUGUACAACUCAAGCACUUGUGCAAGUACUGUCUGCUGUUGUUUAAAGGGACAGUGUGCGCCAUAUAGAAGAUCAUUGUUUUUAAAGGGAUUGUGCACCAAUUUGGAUUCUGCUUUUGUUUUUUUGUUUUUUUUCUGUAAUGACCAACUUGGUAUGAAUUAGUUUUUGUGCUAGAUUUUGAUUUGUGCUGUUUUUGAUGCUGUUUUAUGAAGCCCUUUUUCUUUCACUGAGGCUACUACAACUUUGCAAAGUGGAGCAACUAUCAGUUUUAAACUCAUACAACAUAUGAUCCUAUGUAGUUUGUGUGAACUGUCUCUCAAACACAUCACUAUUUUUAAAAAUAUUGUAAGACGAAGGCUCUUUUUCAAGGUGAACCACUGGGAAGUUGUAUUUUACUCAUCUCAUCCACUGAAAUCAUCAUCAUAUUUCAGCCUGUUCUAUAAUACUACACGUUUAAAGGUUACCUGGAAGCGUUCAUGUAUGAUCAUGACCCCCCCUUAAACCCCUCUCCUAAAAAGGAAAAAAAGAAGAAAUAGCAGCAUGUACAGUACAAAGUUCUUCUGUUCUUCUUAGUGUGUUACUAGCCUUGAAAUUCAGUAGAAGAUUUACAUAUUAAAAUGAGGGAGUACACAGUGUUACACAACUGCUACUAGCAGCGUAGCUGACAACCUUGCAUGACGGUCAACAGGACUCUUGUUUUUUGGUGUUUUUAUUUGGGUUCUCAUUUUCUACUGAAUUCUGGUAAACUCAACUUUUCUCUAUUUUCUCAGCUUUUUAAGUGCAUAUAACUAUUUUUGUCUCCAGAUGAUAUAAUGAAGAUGAUUAUAAUGAUAAGGAUUAUUACAUUAAUGACUGUGGUACUAAGGAUGGCUAUGAGGAAGUCGAUAUUGAUGAUGAGUUGAUCAUUUUGCAUGCUUUUCUACGGGGCUCUGUGUUGUCAGUGUAGCGUGGCUGCUUUUUGUACAUAGCUGAGGGAAUAUGAGGUGCAGCAUCAGCACCGGGCUGCUUUCCUGAGCCUGCAUGCUAACUGAGAGGAACAGAACUGGAGUCCAACACACAGACCAGAGGCUCUGUCGUCACAAAGCCAAGCACUGACAGACUUUCUGGUGCUUCUAAUGUAGCUGCAAAAUAAGAUGACUUCAGUGUUAGAUGAGCAGUUUAUCACUGUAGUCACAACCUGCUUCCAUUUAAAUCAUUGAUCAGAGCUGCAAAUGGAUACAAAGCCACUAAUAAUGAAUCAGGAUUCUACCUGAAUAAUCAAACCUUUAUUAAUGUGUAUUCAUUGAUCAGCUCUUUAUAUAAACGAUGGCUGUCUUCUGGUCUCUUUCAGUCACUGUAAACACUGAAUAUCUGACAGACAUUAAAUACUGAUAAAUAAUAAAAAGGAAGUCAGCAUCUCUGAGAUAAACCGGAGUCAGAGUUCAGUCUGAAUUUCAUCAUCUUAGUUCUUCAGCAGACUGAGCUGCACUGACAACACUGAGUUGCCUUCUUUUCAAAGAAGGUCUUUCACUCUUUUUCCCGCUCCCUCCGUUUCCAACUUUUAAUCAUUUCUCUGCAAUCGGCUCUUUCUAGUUUCCCUUUGUCUCUUUUUGUCACUUUGGGUUUCUUCUGUAUAAUAAUAUUAAUCCUCUAGUUCUCUGAUUCUUCAGAUUAUUGCUCGGUUCUCUUACGUGCUUCACGUGUUUCUCUAACUUCAAGAAAAAUGUGUUAAGGUGUUAUCAAUAAAAUGACAAUUUAAAUAGAA